AUGUGCGAAACCACGCCUCCAGUUCCCAAGGUCCACCUUGAGACUCUGUUGAGAGACAAGACUAUAGCCUGCGACGAGUUAUUCAGAAAAUGCCUAGGUGGCUCGACUGCAUGCGAACAUUACAUUGACUUUCAGCAACUGCAGCUGCAGUGCCAACAGGCCUAUUUCAACAAGUGGGCACGAGAGUUCGAAGCUGAUGAGACAGGCCCAUCGUCUCUGGACUAUCGCCUGCAGCGUAAGCCAGCCUUGCGAGAUGUCGUGGCGGCUCUCCUUGGCUGUCUGAUAGAUACCCUCUUACGGCGCCUUGAUAUAUCUGUCGACGGCGGUGAGACUGACGCAGAGUCUCUCACCAUGAAGAUCCUCCAGGAGGAGUACUAUAUCGACGAAAAUCUCAAAAUCCUCCGUGGCAUCAUGGUUCCAGUCUUCGAGACUUGA